ACGAGCUUUUCUCGCCUUCCUUUCGUCCUCCGACGUUUCCUCAGAAGAAGAAGAAGACGACGAUAAAGCGUUAUUUAACUCAGGUUUCGUAAAAGUCAAACGCGAAGAAUCCAUUGAAGCGAUUAAUAAGAAUCAUGAUUGCAUUAGCUGUAUCUUCGUCGGGUAUUUCUCCGAUGGCUUCGUUUCACCGGCAUUGUAGAUUCCGGGAAACUCCAUGGAGCUUCCGAUUGCAUCCACGAAACCCUCCGACUCAGUUAGCAGUUUCACCUUCGUCUUCUUCGUCUACUACUGCUUCCCCUGGGUUUGAUUUGAGUGCCCUCGAAUCCGCAAUCAACAAGAAAGAUAGCAAUGGUGUUAAGGAAGCUCUUGAUCGAUUGAGCGAAGAAGGUUGGGCUAAGAAAUGGAGUUCUCAGCCUUAUCUUUCGCGCCGUACGACAUCGCUUCGGGAGCUGACAACUCUUGGAAUCAAGAAUGCAGAGGCUCUCGCGAUCCCUAGUGUCAGGAACGAUGCGGCUUUUCUUUUCACGGUGGUUGGAACAACUGGGUUCAUAGCUGUAAUUGCCGGCCAACUUCCCGGGGACUGGGGAUUCUUUGUGCCUUACUUAGUUGGGAGCAUUUCAUUGGUAGUUUUGGCCGUGGGAAGCGUUUCACCAGGGCUUCUUCAAGCUGCGAUUUCAGGGUUUUCGACAUUCUUCCCUGAUUAUCAAGAACGUAUUGCUCGACAUGAAGCAGCCCACUUCUUAGUGGCUUACUUAAUCGGACUCCCAAUCCUCGGGUACUCGUUAGACAUCGGUAAAGAACACGUCAAUCUCAUCGACGAGAGACUAGCUAAACUAAUAUACAGCGGCCAACUUGACUCAAAGGAGCUCGAUAGGUUAGCCGCUGUGGCAAUGGCUGGACUUGCCGCCGAGGGUCUGAAGUAUGACAAAGUGAUUGGCCAAUCUGCGGAUCUGUUCUCUCUUCAGAGGUUCAUAAACAGAAGCCAACCCAAAAUCAGAAAUGAACAGCAGCAAAAUCUAACAAGAUGGGCUGUUCUCUACUCUGCUUCUCUUCUGAAGAACAACAAAACCAUCCAUGAAGCUCUAAUGGCUGCAAUGUCCAACAAUGCAUCUGUUCUUGAGUGCAUUAAAACCAUUGAGACAGCUUCCUAGACUCCACAUCUCCCGAAUUCUUCAAAUACAAUCUGAACAAUGUAUAUUGUCUCUUCUGAUCGAUCCAAUUUCAACAACACUAAAUUGAUUCACAGAAAAUUCCAUACCUUUUAUAUAUAUAGAUGCAAAAGUUACAGACUUUCAA